AUGAGCCGAAGGCAGAGGCUUUAACCCACAGAGCCACCCAGGCACCCCUAUUUAUAAACCUUUUAAUAAAUAACACUAUCCCUUAUUACCAGCAGAUAGGGACUAUUUUCUACCUAAUUGUAAUUACACAUUUUAGCCUAUGAAAUUGUGACUUUUUAAAACUGAUACUCCUUUCCUUAAGUUAUACCUGUCUCUAUCUUGUCAUUCCGUUCAAUCUUGACAGGAAAUAGCACUUCUUACUCUGAUUUCUCUCAUCUACCCUUAUCUAAUAUAUAAUUAUUGUUCUCCAGAGUGUAAGAGGUAUAGUUUGCACACAGGAGACAGAAGCCAGGAUGUGGGGGAGGGGUGGAAAUGGGAGGAGGAAUCCCAAACUGGAACAUCUUAUUGACAAGUUGAUUAAAAGAUAACCGUUUCAUUUACUUCUUUAUUCAGUAAGUAUUUACUUGCUGGCUUUUAUAUCCAUAGACACAGAGAUGUGCUCAGGAAGCCUGACCUAGUAAAAAUGAAAACAGUCGAAGUUGAUGAAGCACUAAUGUGCAACAGAUCUGGGCCAUGUGCCUUAUAUUGACAGAGUGACUCGAAGUGUAACUCUCAGGAGAGCCUGCAAGAUAGGGACUCUGGCUACCCCUCUUGUCAGAUGAAGCUAUCGGGAUGAAUGAUUUGGUCAAGAUCACACACAGCUAGCGAAUCGCAAGGCCCAUUUUACUUGCUUAUUCAUGUAUCCAUGCACCUAGUAUCUAGGGCGCGCUCUGUGAAGCACUGUUGUUGGAAUGGUGAUACUGUGGUGAAGAAGACAGGGUUCCAGCCCUCCUGGAGCUUAGAUUGUAGUGGAAAGGGCACCCAGUGUGCAGUUCAAUCAAAGGAAUCCAUCCUGUUGAGGGGUGGCAAGUCUCUAAAGAAAAUAUAGCCAGACAAGCUCACAGAGCGCUGGGUGAGGGUUAGUGUGGUUGCUCUGAAUUGUGUGAUUAGUCAGAAGGCUUCUGAGGAGGUGGCAUUUGAAUUGAAGAAGUGAGCUGUGUGACCAGCAGGCAGAGGGAACAGCAGGCACAAAGGCGAAUAGCAUGGGAGGUUUGAGGGAUGGCACGUGGCUCAGGGGAGCGAGGAAGUGGAGAUGAAAUCAGAGAAGUCAUGAUGCUGGCCACCCACACCAUGGCAAGGAAUUCGGAUUUAUUUUUGCAUAAGGAAAGCCACUGGGGGAUUUUGAGCAGAGGAGUGACAUGGGCUGAUUGUUUUUAAGGAUCACUCUAAUGUGAUCUAUGUGAAGAACUGAUGACAUCUGAAUCUAGAUUGAUCUGACUCCAGAGCUCUUAAUCCUUACACCAAAGAGUGUAACUGGGAAACGGUAAUUGCCAUCCGAGAAGGUUCAACAGAAGGAGAGAUUACAUCUGUUUGGGCAUUUCAGGGAAAUCUGAGUGGGACUUGACUAUGGACUAUGCCUGUAACAUAGGGUACUGGGGGAGUGAGUGGAGAUAAUGCAAAAGAGUGGGGUUGGACUGCAUUUCGGUGGUCUCACGUAACAGACGAGGAAUGUGAACUUUCUCCAGCAGGCUGUGGGCUGAGCAGCUCAGAGACAUGCUGCUGGUGUGUUUUGGCAAGACGCUCCCACCAUUAGCGUGUAUGAUGUGCGAAGUGAGGAGGCUGGCAUCAUAAACUGCACUGAGGAGAGAGCCAGCUAGAUGCUGGGGCAGUCCAGGUGUAAACUAUAAACCCUGUCCUCCCAGGGGCAGCUCUCAGACUGUGAAGAGGUAAAGGACAUGAGAAGCACUGGGUGUUGGUGGCCCUGGUUGAAGGGAAAGGCUAGAAACAAUGAUGACUGAAGUUUUGAGUCUGAGUGACAGAACAUUCCCUGACCAUAUGAAAUUGCUUGCAUUGUUUGACUAUAUAAAAAUAAACGCAGGCUCACUCUUUUAAAAAAAAAAAAAAAUUAAUUUCAGUAUUUGAUAUCUUUGUGGUUCAUCAGCUAUUUUAGGGUGCUUUCUAAAUAUUACAUGAAUCUAUUUUUAAAAAUGAGUUUAGUAAUCCCUAGUAGAAAAAUGACAUACUCUUUAUAUAAAAUUUGGAAGAUACAGAGAAAAGUGGCAAACAGGACAUGCUUUUAAACCACCCAAAACUCUUCCCACCAAAUAACUAGCAUAAUGAUUAUAAUGUCUUUCAGUCUGUGUGUGUAGCUGGUGGCUUUGGUCUUUGGCAGAGUCAGGUUUAUUUUACUCCUCAGUUCGGUCAUGGCAUGCUACCAUCUUUAGUCAGUGCAAAGCUGCUCUUUGGGUUUUAUCUUAUUUUUUAGUCAGUAAAGAAAUAGAUUAGAAGAAACUUAUUUGUGGAUACACAUAAGAACAAAGCAACCGAGUGCUUCCUAAAUAAAGGUCUAUCAAAUAUGAUAUUUAUAUGUGACACUCAUUCGCCUUUAAGUAGACAGAAAAAUCUAUCACAGGAAAGGGUAUUGUUCUUGCUUUCAGCAGUGGGCAUGAUCUCAGUGCUAAGCUGUUUAGAGAAGACAGAAAAAUCAUUAUAUGACUAGUUCUGGAUGUAUUAGGUCUGUGGAUCUCUAUAUAAGACAGACACACACCAGUACACAAUUUUCUGUUUGUGAGUUCAAGUCCCCACCAUGGUACUUGCAUAUGACACCUGAGCUUUGAUUACUGUACUGCCUCUUGAUAUUUGCUUUGUGAACUGGAUGAAGAUUCAGGCUGUAUCAAACCCACGUUCCUUAUUGGUGACCUACUAGAAAGGAAGUUCAGAAGAAAGUGUCUCUUUUCAAUCUGCAGAUGGACAUAAGUGGAUUACUUCCUGGUCUGGUGUCUACGUUCAUACUUCUGUCUCAUAGUGAUCAUCGAGGACGAAAAUUCCCUUUGAUUUUGUCUUCUGUUGGUGCUCUCGCAACCAGUAUUUGGCUCUGUUUGCUUUCCUAUUUUGCUUUUCCAUUCCAGCUUCUGAUUGCAUCUACCUUCAUUGGUGCCCUUUGUGGCAAUUAUACCACAUUUUUAGGAGCCUGUUUUGCCUACAUAGUUGAUCAAUGUACAGAACAGAAACAAAGAACAAUUCGAAUAGCUAUAAUCGACUUCAUACUUGGACUUGUCACUGGAUUGACAGGACUGUCUUCUGGGUAUUUUAUCAGAGAAUUGGGUUUCGUGUGGUCCUUUUUAAUCAUUGCUAUGGCUCUUACUGUUAACUUGAUUUACAUUUCAUUUUUUCUUGGUGAUUCAGUGAAAGAAUCUUCAUCUCAGAAUGUUUCCAUGUCAUGUAGCGAAGGCUUUAAAAACCUAUUUUACCGAACUUCCAUGCUUUUUAAAAAUGCUUCCGGUAAGCGACGGUAUUUUCUCUGUUUGUUACUUUUUACAAUGAUGACUUACUUUUUUGUGGUAAUUGGCGUUUCCCCCAUCUUUAUCCUUUAUGAAUUGGAUUCACCACUCUGCUGGAAUGAAGUUUUUAUAGGUUAUGGAUCAGCUUUGGGUAGCGUCACAUUUUUUAGUAGUUUCCUAGGAAUAUGGCUUUUUUCUUACUGUAUGGAAGACAUCCACAUGACCUUCAUUGGAAUCUUUACCACCAUGGGAGGAAUGGUUAUGACUGCUUUUGCCAAAACAACGCUGAUGAUGUUUCUAGUGAGGCUGCCGUUCCUUUUCACUAUCGUGCCACUCUCUGUUCUACGCUCCAUGGUAUCGAAAGCAGUUCGUUCCACUGAACAAGGCACCCUGUUUGCUUGCAUUGCUUUCUUGGAAACACUUGGUGGAGUUGCUGCAGUUUCUACUUUUAAUGGAAUUUAUUCAGCCACCGUUGCUUGGUACCCAGGCUUCACCUUUCUGCUGUCUGCUGUUCUGUUACUAAUUCCAGCCAUCAGUCUAUGUGUGGUCAAAUGCACCAGCUGGAAUGAAGGAAGCUAUGUACUUCUUACAGAAGAGGAAUCCAGUGAAGACACUUCAGAGAGAUGAUUGUGAUAAAAAAAAAAAAAAUAACUGAAAGUACACAUCAUAUACUCUGACUUCUGAGGAAUGUAAACUGGUUCCAUAAUCAAUAUUUCAUGACUAA